UGAGUUAAUUUUCUUACAUGAUUUCCAAGAAAGAUGAUUUUAUCUUUCAGACUGCCCAUGCUGUAUAUAGCGAACGCAGUCGCGAGAUGAAACUAACAGUUUAUCUAUGCUUUGUGGAUUUAGUGUAUCUAUCAUCUUUUGUAACAGCCAACAAUCUUGAAAUGAACACCACAAGUGAAUUUUAUUCCGGUGACGCCACUUCACCUCCUUCAUCAGGAUAUACUCCAGAAAGUCAAGGGUCGGGUGAUUAUGGAUCUACGACAACUUGGAAUAUUGUUCAUCACAUUAAAACCACUGAUGCAUGGCUAUCAUCAGGAUCACAUGAUCUUAACACUCACCAAACUGAUAAUAGAAAUUCCAAUACAACAGGCACUCCCAUGUAUACAGUAACCACGCAAAUGUAUGACUUAACAAGUUUCGAGGCUAUCACUACGGCCUUUAUGGAAGGAACAGCCAGGUCUACUGACUCUCCCGAAAAUGGUCAAAAUGUGAUUGCGCAGAAUCAAGAUAAGACUAACAAGCCAACUUGUAACGCUCUGCCUAAUUAUUGUCUCAACAACGGAAAAUGUUUUGAUACACGAGGAAGGCCUUCCUGUUGGUGCCCGUCCUCAUCUCAAUGGUGGUUCCGAGGCGAAAGAUGCGAAACUUCCGAGAGCAUUUUAAAGUUGUCCUUAAUUGCAGGAGGCUGUGGAGCUUUCGUUGUUGUACUAUUGGGGUUUCUUCUGCUGUGUAUGGCGAGAAUGGCAGUGAAAAAACGACCUCCAGGACAACGACCAAUUUUGCGGGAAUCGGUAAAGCGAAUUAGGAUCCCACAUUCAUCAGCUUCUAUGUUCGUAAACGAGAGGGCACUUGGGAUAUCACCUGCUAUUUUAUCUCCUGUACCACCAACAUUUGAUGCGACAGACACAGAUGACGACUUCAGAAGAGAUCAUCCUAUGAGUUCAACCAUGGUGAAAUAUGAACAGUUGGGAACGAUAACUAAGCAAGGAGAAUCAAGAACAAAAUUUACCUCCAGUGGUUUUACUGAUGUUGAAUCAAUUGAUGAAACAGUUAUGUCGACUGGAUAUAGCAGAAGUGCAGAUGACGGCAAAAACCAACGUGGAAAAAUAGCUCGACGAUCAACGCCAUCAAAGCAAUGCAGAACAGGCGGAAGCAACUGGCAAUUAAAUAGGAGUCCAAAUUAUGAUGUUCGUAAAUGACUUUAAUUAUAAAAACAUGCGUUAAAGAUAUGUGUAAAAACUUUUGAUUUUCAGGUUGUUGGGUAGCUGUAAAUUACAUAUCAACGUAUACGCGAUACCUUUAACAUGUGUACAGUGGGGGAUGUCCGCAUGACGUUAUACACCAAAA